CAUGAAGUAUAUUAUUCGUGAUUUGUGGCCUCGCUGUGCCUUUCGUGCUUCUAUUCGGAAGAUACACAGUGUUUAUUUCUUCCUCUUUUUUUACGAAAUUACGGCUGUGUACGGCCAAUAAUUCCGUAGGGAAGGUCAUAACAACAAAGUAAAAAGCUGCAAAUACGAUGUUUGGACCCGGAGCGGCGCCGAUUGUGGUUCUGAGCCAGAACACGAAGCGGGACACUGGCAGGAAAGUGCAAAGGGAGAACAUUCAGGCAGGCAAGGCAAUUGCUGAUGUUAUAAGAACAUGUCUGGGUCCACAAGCUAUGUUGAAGAUGUUGAUGGAUCCAAUGGGCGGCAUUGUAAUGACAAACGAUGGAAAUGCCAUUCUACGUGAGAUCACUGUGCAGCAUCCUGCUGGAAAAUCCAUGAUAGAAAUUGCCAGGACUCAGGAUGAGGAGGUAGGAGAUGGCACUACAUCAGUCAUUGUUCUGUCGGGUGAGAUCUUGGCCACUGCCGAACCAUUUUUGGAACAGAAUAUGCAUCCCACUGUCAUCAUAAGAGCAUAUCGUCAAGCCUUGGAAGAUAUAGUCACAAUACUUAACGAGCAAAUCAGUAUUGAUUUAGAUUGCAAUGACAAAAAUAAAUUAGUCCAGGUAAUCAACUCCUGUAUAGGCACUAAAUUUAUCCGACGUUGGUCCGAAUUGGCGUGUCAGAUUGCCUUGGAUGCCGUUAAUAUAGUAAUGCUUGAGGAAAACGGUAGAAGAGAAAUUGACAUUAAACGUUAUGCAAAGGUAGAGAAAAUACCAGGUGGUACAAUAGAGGACAGUGCUGUCUUGAAGGGUGUAAUGAUCAAUAAGGAUGUGACACAUCCAAAAAUGAAACGUUACAUAAAAAAUCCGAGAAUAGUGCUGCUGGAUUGUCCGUUGGAAUAUAAGAAGGGCGAGUCUCAGACGAAUAUUGAGAUAAUGAAGGAUACCGAUUUCACGAAGAUCUUAGAAUUAGAAGAGGAACAUGUAAAGAAGAUCUGCGAAGAUGUUAUCUCUGUGAAGCCGGAUGUCGUGAUAACGGAGAAGGGUGUAUCCGAUCUCGCUCAGCAUUAUCUUGUCAAAGCCGGCAUAUCCGCGAUACGUAGACUACGAAAGAGCGACAUUAACAGAAUCGCUCGUGCCUGCGGUGCCACUGUCGUGAAUCGUACAGAAGAAUUGAAAGAAGAGGACGUCGGCACGGGAGCUGGCCUUUUCGAGAUCAAGAAACUCGGCGACGAUUAUUUCUGUUUCAUCACAGAAUGCAAGGAUCCCAAAGCUUGUACCAUCAUUCUGAGAGGAGCCAGUAAGGACGUCUUGAAUGAAACUGAAAGGAAUUUACAGGAUGCGCUGCACGUCGCGAGAAAUCUUCUCAUCGAUCCGAAACUUGUACCAGGUGGUGGAGCAGUGGAGAUGGCUGUAUCGCGGCUGUUAACGGAGAAAGCAGCGGGUCUUGCCGGUGUGGAACAGUGGCCGUACAAAGCGAUCGCACAGGCUCUAGAAAUCAUCCCCAGGACUCUGGCGCAGAAUUGCGGUGCGAAUACGAUUAGAACGCUGACGGCAUUACGCGCAAAACACGCGACGGAGGGAACCACCUGGGGCAUUGAUGGAGAAACGGGUAAAUUGGUCGACAUGAAGGAAUAUGGUAUAUGGGAGCCGUUGUCUGUAAAGUUACAGACGUACAAAACUGCGAUCGAGACCGCUAUUCUGUUACUAAGAAUCGACGAUAUCGUCUCCGGUAGCAAAAAGAAGAAGAACGAGAACGAAACCGCGCAGCCGAGUCAAGUCACGGAGGAAUCUAUGAAGGAAUAAAUAUUUUCAUAUCUGUCUCCGUGUUGAAGCCUAAUUGCUGCUUUUCUACUUUAAGAUUCAAGUAUUUUGCAAUCUCGCAGGUUCGUCUAUUGAAUUUUUAUCUUCUCUGUAUGCAUUUUCACACAUUAAAAAUAAGUUGUCCGAAA